CCGCCACUUGUUUGCUCAAGCCCUGAGCUGUUAGGUGCUCUGUGGGGGGGGGGAUCCCUGCUUCUCUUCUUCCUGCACGAACCUGAAACCUCUGCUGUGAAAGCGGCUCUUUCACCACUUCACCUGGGGGGCUGUCUUUCAUCCAACCCUGUGCGAACCCCCCCUCUCCCCCUGUCUGGGUCGAGCUUGGUGCCCGGGGCGUCCUGACAGAGAACAGACGAGCGCCCCUGGAUUUAACUUUUAUCUGUGGCGGAGGCCAAGGGAAGACUGACAUCCGCAGCAUUUUUGUUUUGUUUUGUUUGUCCUUAUGUGUGAGCAGGACACAAGAGAGCACAUCAUUUGUUUGAGCUGUGAGAUGUGCAACGUCUGAGCUCAAGAUGGGAUCGGCGGUGUCAAACGUUUCCCAGCUGUGUGGGGCCGAGUCAACGCCAGAGGAGGAGAGAAACCUGCGAGCUAACGACAGACCCUCCAACCGGUCGUACCAAUAUGCCAACAACGCCAUCAAGACCUCCAAAUACAACCUCCUCACCUUCCUGCCACUCAACCUCUUUGAGCAGUUCAGGAGACUCGCCAACGCCUACUUCCUCUUCCUGCUCUUCCUUCAGCUCAUCCCUCAAGUCUCCUCUCUCUCCUGGUUCACCACGGCCGUGCCUCUGCUCCUGGUUCUGUCCAUAUCGGCGGUGAAGGACGCCAGCGACGACAUAAACAGACACAGAAGCGACAAUCAGGUGAACAACCGGCGGGUGGACGUCCUCGUCGACGGAGAACUGAGAAGUGAAAAAUGGAUGAACGUUCAGGUCGGAGACAUUAUCAGACUGGAGAACAAUCAGUUCGUCACGGCCGACCUCCUGCUGCUGUCCAGCAGUGAGCCGCUCAACCUGGUGUAUGUGGAAACAGCAGAGUUGGACGGGGAAACCAACCUGAAGGUGAAACAGGCCCUGACUGUGACCGGAGAGAUGGGCGACGGCAUCGACGAGCUGGCUGGCUUCAACGGCGAAGUGCGAUGCGAGCCCCCCAACAACCGCCUGGACAAGUUCAAAGGGACCCUGACUCUGCACGGGCAGACCUACGCCCUGGACAACGACAAGGUGCUGCUCAGAGGAUGCACCCUGCGGAACACCGAGUGGUGCUUCGGUCUGGUGAUCUUCGGAGGUCCCGACACCAAGCUGAUGCAGAACAGUGGAAAGACGACGUUCAAGCGGACGAGCAUCGACCACCUGAUGAACGUCCUGGUGCUGUGUAUCUUUGGUUUCCUGGCGUUCAUGUGCACCGUCCUGGCCAUCGGCAACGCGAUCUGGGAGGUGAGGGAGGGCUCGCUGUUCACGGCCUUCCUGCCCCGGGAGCCGGGGGUCGACGCCGCGCUCUCCUCCUUCCUCACCUUCUGGUCCUACGUCAUCGUGCUCAACACGGUGGUGCCCAUCUCCCUCUACGUCAGCGUGGAGAUCAUCCGCCUGGGCAACAGCUUCUACAUCGACUGGGACAGGAAGAUGUACUACCCCAAGAGCGACACCCCGGCGCAGGCGAGGACCACCACGCUCAACGAGGAGCUCGGCCAGAUCAAGUACAUCUUCAGCGACAAGACGGGCACCCUGACGCAGAACGUCAUGACCUUCAACAAGUGCUCCAUCAACGGCAAAUGUUAUGGGGAGCUGUUUGACUUCGCCGGACAAAGGGUGGAAAUAACGGAGAAGACGGAGAGGCUGGACUUCACCUGGAACAAGCUGGCCGACCCAAAGUUCAUCUUCCACGACCACAGUCUGCAGGAGACGGUGAGGGAGGGGAACCUGCAGGCUCAGGCCUUCUUCCGCCUGCUGGCCCUGUGCCACACCGUCAUGCCGGAGGAAAAGAAGGAGGGGGAGCUCUACUACCAGGCCCAGUCUCCCGACGAAGGCGCCCUGGUGACCGCGGCGAGAAACUUCGGCUUCGUGUUCCGCUCGCGCACGCCGGAGAGCAUCACGGUCGUGGAGAUGGGCCGGCGGGUCACGUACGAACUCCUGGCCGUCCUCGACUUCAACAACGUGCGCAAGAGGAUGUCGGUCAUAGUGCGUAGCCCGGACGGCCAGCUGACCCUGUUCUGCAAGGGAGCCGACACCAUCGUCUACGAGCGGCUGCACAAGUCCUGUGACAGACUGAAGGAAGUCACCACCGGACACCUGAACGAGUACGCGGGCGACGGCCUCCGCACGCUGGUCCUGGCCUACAAGGACUUGGACGAGGGCUACAUGGACGAGUGGAGGAGGCGCCACCACGAGGCCAGCACCGCCAUGGACGGACGAGAGGAGAGACUCGACGAGCUUUACGAGGAGAUAGAGAAAGACCUCCUGUUGUUGGGGGCGACAGCGGUGGAGGACAAGCUGCAGGACGGAGUCCCGCAGACCAUCGAGCAGCUGACCAAGGCUGACAUCAAAAUCUGGGUGUUGACCGGAGACAAACAAGAGACGGCGGAGAACAUCGGCUACUCCUGCAACAUGCUGAGGGAGGAGAUGAAGGAGAUUUUCGUCGUGGCGGCUAACACGGCCGAGGGGGUCAAAGAGGAGCUGCAGAACGCAAGAAGGAAAAUGUGUCCCGAGGGAGCGGAGGAGCCGUCCAUGGUCCAGGCCCGAGCCGGCCUGUUUUGGAUUCAUAAAUCAGAGACUGUGCUGGACGAGAAGGUGGACGGAGAUUAUGGCCUCAUUAUUAAUGGACACAGCCUGGCCUUCGCGCUGGAGAAGGACCUGCGCCUGGAGCUGCUGCGGACGGCGUGCAUGUGUCAGACGGUGAUCUGCUGCAGGGUCACCCCGCUGCAGAAGGCCCAGGUGGUCCAGCUGGUCAAGAAGUACAAGCAGGCCAUCACGCUGGCCAUCGGCGACGGGGCCAACGACGUCAGCAUGAUCAAGGCCGCGCAUAUCGGUGUGGGCAUCAGCGGGCAGGAGGGCAUGCAGGCCGUCCUCUCCAGCGACUUCUCCUUUGCCCAGUUCCGCUACCUCCAGCGCCUCCUCCUGGUGCACGGCCGCUGGUCCUACCUGCGCAUGUGCAAGUUCCUGCGGUACUUCUUCUACAAGAACUUCACCUUCACCUUUGUGCAUUUCUGGUACGCCUUCUUCUGCGGCUUCUCCGCGCAGACUGUGUACGACGAGUGGUUCAUCACCAUGUACAACCUGGUGUACACGGCUCUUCCCGUCCUCGGCAUGAGCCUCUUUGACCAGGACGUGAACGACCGCUGGAGCUUCCAGUAUCCGCAGCUCUACUCUCCGGGCCAGCUCAACCUCUACUUCAGCAAGAAGGCCUUCGUGCGCUGCAUGAUGCACAGCUGCUACAGCUCGCUCGUCCUCUUCUUCAUCCCGUGGGCCGCCAUCUACGACACGGUGCGGGACGACGGCAAGGACGUCGCCGACUAUCAGUCCUUCGCCCUGCUGGCGCAGACGUGUCUGCUGGUCGUGGUGAACAUACAGCUGUGUCUGGACACCCACUACUGGACCGCGGUGAACCAGUUCUUCAUGUGGGGCAGCCUGGCCGUCUACUUCGCCAUCACAUUCACCAUUUACAGCAACGGCAUGUUCUUCAUAUUCACCUCCUCUUUCCCCUUCGUCGGCACCGCGAGAAACUCUCUGAACCAGCCCAACGUGUGGCUGACCAUAUUCCUGACGUCCCUCCUCUGUAUCCUGCCUGUGGUGGCUUUCCGCUUCAUCCUCAUCCAGCUUCGGCCGACCAUCAAUGACAAGGUGCGGCACAAGGUGCAAAAGGAGGCGUUGCCCGCUCCGACGCCCCGCCGCCCGCCCGCCAGGCGCAUCAGCACCCGCCGCUCGGGCUACGCCUUCUCCCACUCCCAGGGCUACGGCGACCUGGUGACCUCUCGCCGGUUCCUGCUGAAGCGACCCCUGAGGAGUCGACCGGUCCUGUUCACCCAGACGGACUCUCCUCUGGCGCAGAAUCAGCCCCAGCACUACCGCACCAUCACGGAGGAGCCGGAGGAGUCGCGGAGCCCUUAGGCCCGGAGGUACGCAGGGGGACUCUGCAGGGAGGGAGUGCAUGGCACCAACUUACAAAAGCUUUUAUUUUGAAGGCUCACACUCAUGAGAGGAUGCACAGGGUAACGUUCACCACCUGGGAUUGUCAAACUUUGACACCAUGAGUCUGACUUUAUUGCAAGAUUUUUUUAUAAUGGGUGUUUUUUUUAUCAUUGAGAUGUUUGAAGCACACACACAGAAGAAGAACCUGUCAUUCACUGUACCGACCACUACUGUUGUCCAUUUCUAAAGUAGAGAAUUGCUUUUGAUGCAAAAUCAAGUGGUGAUACGUUAAGAUGUUCACUGUAAUGAUUUCCCAUCUCAAACAUCAUUUUGUACUGGCACUGAAACAAACAGUAAGUGAGUACAGUAAAAAAAAAUACUCAUAUUAAGCUUUGGGGCUCAGACAGAAACACUGUAUGCAGAUUGUAUUUUUAAUGGGUUUGAAUUGUAAUAAGAUUAACAUUGUGUCCUGCAUCAAUUCUCACAACAUCUAUUGAGAUUUUUUAAGAGAUUAUUUGGCGUUUUUAAGAGUUGCCUCUGGCCGAUCUGGAGAGAAGCCGGCUCAUCACAGUGCCUGCAACAUGAAGUUGCCUUUUGUGCCUUUUAAUUAAAAUUUUAUUCUAAUUUCCUCAAGUGUUAACACUCAGGGCGUCAUUGUGAGAGAGGAGAACGCGGCGGUUUUCCGUUUCAGUCGAAAUCUAUUAACCUAUUUUUCUUGUCGUUUACAUAAUUAUUUACUUUACGUAUUUUUUUUCUGUUUUGCUAUUGUCAUGCUCCGUGUUUUUAAUCUGUUUUGAUAUUCAGACCUUCGUGGAGGUAACACUUUGUGCGGUACCAUUCAAUCACAGUGUUGUUAAAGCAAAGCCAGGGGUCAGUGUUGCCUUUGUAACUGUAUUUCUUUCCAGAGCCAGAAUAUUAAAGGUAAAGUAAUAGGGUUGAACUAGGGGCAGGUCAUGGUCCAGUAGGUUUCAGUCCUACCUUAUAUGUUGCCUCUGUGACCUUCAUUUUCAUCAUGAUAAAAAUGAACCAUGACAAAAGGCCACAGUGAGAUUUGUUUGUUGGCCGACAGAAGUUUUGACUGAAUUGUUAAAUUUUUUUACUCAUUGGUGAAUAAAACAAAUAACACGGUU